UAGGUUAGUGAAGUGUAUCGUCGACGGCGUGUGUGCAGUAUUUUACCGUGCACCGACCUCUACGCACGUCAUCGGCAGCCGAAACUGCUAGUAGUAUAAACACUGUAAACCGUGUGGCCGACGAAUAACGGCCAGAUACCGACGGCGCAGACAUCCGAUAAUUUCGACAGCGGCCGUUAUCGCACGUCCGGCCACAUCCACACCGGAAGCACGCAUUGAUCUAUAUUAUACGAUAGACGCGUAAAUCGCGGAUCACACCAUUGAUCAGAGAUUGUUUUCUCCGCUUGGCACAUCACUUCCGUGGCCGUUGGCCAUGUGCAUGCCGGCCAGUGCUGAGGCUGUGAAGUGCCUAGUCGCAGUCUUCGCGGCUGCGUCAGUGGCGGGGGUUGCGGCCGUCACACGACACCCGGUGACGGUGGUCGUGUCUUUCGAUGGUUUCCGGCCCGAUUACAUCCGGGCCAAUGUGACGCCGCACAUGGCCCGAUUCCGGGACGCGUCAGCCGCGCCGCCGUACAUGCGCAGCGCGUUCCCCACGAAGACGUUCGUCAACCACUUCACCAUGGCCACCGGAAUGUACUCCGAGAAACACGGCGUGUUCGACAAUUACAUGUUCGACAAGAACUACGAGAUGAUGCACUACACGUACGAGCAGUUCCACUACGACGAUUCGGUGGUGCCCAUCUGGAUUCAAAACGAAAUCAAUGGAGAUGGACGAUUUAGCGGUGUGAUGAUGUGGCCAGGAUCCGAAUUCGCGUAUCAAAACAAAUAUCCUACCUAUAUUCAAAAAUACAACCGUUCAUUGCCUUGGUCUGAUCGUAUAGACAUCAUCAUGUCAUGGAUUAAAGACAAAAAUAAACCAGCCAAUUUAGUGUAUGCGUAUUUUGAUGAACCAGAUCAUAUUGCUCAUUUAAAAGGAAUCUACUCACAAGAGACAACAAAUCAAAUAGUGAGAGCAGAUGUCACACUAAAGUAUAUACUUGACCAAAUAAGUCAGGAAAAACUAGAAAACAAAAUAAAUCUCAUUAUUCUCAGCGAUCACGGGAUGGAUACUAUCACGUAUGAACGAAUGAUACAUUUAGAUAAUUAUGUGUCCAAUGAUACUUACAAAAUCAUUAAGUCAGGUCCUAAUGCGUUCAUACAUCCAAAUCCAAAUAAAUUCGACGAAAUUUAUAAAAAUCUUUCAAUAGUAGCCAAUACUUCUAAGAUAUUUGGUGUAUAUAAAAAAGAUGAAUUACCUGACCGUUGGCAUAUGAAAAAUAAUUCAAGAUUGACAGAUAUUAUAUAUUUGUUGGCUAAACCUGAAUAUGCAUUUUGGGAUAUAUAUUAUGAAUAUAUUUUGAACGGAACAACCAAGGAGAAGUUCAAAGUAGGGGCUCACGGAUACGACAACGAAGAACCGCACAUGCGAGCCCUUUUCAUGGCUUCCGGACCGGCGUUCAAGAAGAACUACACGGCAGUGCAGUUCGACAACGUGGACCUUUACCCGCUGAUCAGCCGGAUCGCUGGCCUAACCGAGCCGAGCCGACGGAUUGACGGGACAAUGAAAGGCGUCGAACAGUUGCUGUCACCCCAGCCCGUCGGCGCCGCCCCCACGUCCACGCCGCCCGUUUUAGGUAUAUUGUCAGCUUUGUUACUUCACGCGAUCGCGCGGAGUCUGUGAACCCUAAAUCCACCACCCGAAUACCUCUUUCCCGUUUAUCUGUGAUCGGACCCGAAAUUCUUUGAUAACGAUGUUACAUUUGGACGUGCCCCGAUUUUCGGGUGGAGAUUGUAGGGUGGUUGUCUCGUCUCGUCAGAGACCCUUUUUCGGGUCCCGUAAACUAUAUUAUACGUAGGUAUACGACUAUUUUGGUAUCUGCAGUUGGAUUCGUUCUCCUUCUCAAUAACUAUAUUAUAUUAAUUUAUUAUCAAAUAACUAUAUUUUGAUUCGAUUAAUUGGCCAAACGUACUCACGUUGUAUUAUGGCAUACGAUUUACAUAUUAUGACGUAUUACAAAAAUAUUCAACAAACUCGUCUUAUCGCUAUCGUGUUUCGUGUACGAUUUUCAUUAUUCAAACAAUAUCGCAAUACCUUAAAGGUAUUACUCGUACGUGUCGAUUUGCCUUAUUUUAAAUUCGUGUAAGUAUAUCGUUUAGUCGAAGUACUUAUAUUAUAAUAAUUAAGUAGGUGCAAUAAUAUGUAAGUUUAUUAGUUAUGUCAUUUUUUUUUUUUGCAAUCAGUAAAUUUAUUAGUCCAUUAUAUUAUUAUAAAAUAUUAGUUAUAAUUAUUUAAGAUUUGCAAAACGAAAUCUCUCAAUCAUAUUUGUAUUUUUAUUUACUAAAGUUGUGUACCUAAUUAAACAAUGUGUUUUAGUGAGUCAACUCCAAGGUUUUUUAAUGUAAAAACAAAAACAGUGUAUAUAUUUUUAAUACAAUUAAAAUACAUAAAAUAAUAAACCUGUCUGCAUUAUAUUCGUCAUUUUUCAUAAUAUAAACUUUUAUUUAUGCAACUAUGUUCCGCCAAAAUUACGUACAAUGUAUUAUGUAAAUGUAAUUUUUAUUGUAUACAUAACUAGGUACAAAUUUAGUAUCAUUAUAUUUCAUGAAAAUAUCAAUAAACUACUAGUUUAAUAUUUGAGUUAGGA